AUGGUUUCUGGAAAACUGAUCAAGCUCCUGGUUUUUGAGCUUUUCGAGUUUGCUGCUUUCUCCAUUCCCACGCUUGUGAUUGUGGAACAGUUUGCCACCACCUAUCAAACAACGACGGGGAGCCCUGAGAAAACACAUUAUUGGCUGAUUGUUUCCUGUUCGAUUGCCUAUGUGGCUUCAGUGACUCUGCUGAUUUGGGUUCCCAUAAAAGUUCUCUUAUACAGGAAGCAUGCCUUUUCCAAAAAAAUUAAAGGAUGGAGACCUGUUAUGAUGAUGUGUGUUAUACUCACCACACUUCCCAGCUUCAGCUUUUCUAUUGCAGGGACUGAGGUUCAAAAGAAUAUUAAUGGUUCUGCAGAUACCUUACCUGAUACCUUACCUGACCUGCCAGUUUCUCUGGUUCUGACUUCCUUGAUUGUGGUGGAUAUUAUUGAAAAACUCAGGAUAUAUUCUCUUAGAAGGUGGCAAAAUUGUAAUGAAGUUGGAUAUGUCUAUACAACCACUUUGCACCAAGUAAAAACCGUGAUGGACCAAGUGAAGCAAAAGGAAGAAAAUACUUCAUCUCCGCAGCCAGCCAGGAGGACCGAGGCAUCACAGCCAUGGGGACAAAGCACACAGAGCCCUGCUCCAGCACUGGGAGAACCCCAGGAGCCCUCCUUCCACUCGGGAAUCCUGGGAACCAUGUCCUGUCAGGACUAUCGUGCCCAGAUCAUCCUCUGGAGCUUUCUGCUGUGGUCUGACACCAUAGAAAUGGUGCGCGUGGCUGGCCACCCUGCUGUGUAUAAGUCAGGCUGGCUGUACCCCGUCUACAUAUUCAGUUUUAUUUCUCUCCUUCGGAUGAUAUUAACUCCUCAGAACCCUCUUCAGAAUUCCCUGGGCGUCUUUCUCCAAGACUUACCCUUUAUUUUUAUUAGACUUAGUUUAAUCAUUGCCCUGGGAACUAUCACACCCGUAUUGGGCCUUUGUAAAAACAUACUAGUGACUCUCUCUCAUGUUUACUUCAAUUACUUAUCCAAAUUCAGAGCUUUCUCUACCUUUGAAAUGUCUUCAUUUUAA